UCGCAAUCCCUCGUCAUCGACUCAUCGGCCUUCGCUAGACGCCCUAGCUGUUAACCGCGAGCCAGCUUGCUUUUCAGGUUCAUCCCAAUCCGCCCUGUCAAAACUUAUCUCAGAGAGAGAGAGUAGACUUAUAAGCGUUGUUCCUGAAGCAAUUUUGCAAUUUAGAGAGAGAGAGCGUCCGUACUUAUGCAAAAUUAGGGUUUUAAGCCAUUCAAAGUCUGCUUUCGAUCGCCAAAUCUAGGGUAAGGGUUUAAUUUAUUGAUUUCGACGUUUGGCAUGAAAUUAGUUCAGUCCCGUGUUUGGUAGAGCCAAAAAUUAAGAACCUCAGCCUGCAUGAGUUGAAUCCGUUUAUCCAUUAAACGCACACGUAUAUAUAGGUUUUGUAUUUGAUGGACGAGAUGUGGGAGAGGGCCGUGGAGACAGCGCUUGACGGCCAAACUGACCAUGCCGCUACACGAAACCUGACUUUGGAUGGUGCAGUGAAGUGUGCGCAGGGCCGGUUGCCUCCACCGAGCUUUUUCCAGAGAUUCCAGAACCUUCAACACUUAUCCAUCGCCAACAUCGGGGUCUCGUCGCUCGAGCAGUUCCCUAGGCUCCGGAACCUACAGAACCUAAUUCUUUCUGACAAUCGCAUAGCUGGUGGACUUGAAUUUUUGGUUGAGGCCGCUCUAGAGUCUCUUCGGGACCUGGACCUCUCCAAUAAUCGCAUCCAGUAUAUUGAAGAUCUCGCUCCCUUAGUGCAGUUAAGGCUCGUUUCACUCGAUCUUUAUGAGUGUCCUGUUACAAGAGUAAAGGAUUACCGAUCUAGGGUGUUCGGGUUGAUUAAAUCAUUGCAAUAUUUGGACAACAUGGAUGCGGAGGAGAAUGAAAGGUCGGAUGAUGAAGAUGAGGAGGAAGAGGACGAUGGGGAUGAUCCUGGCAAUGGUGAGAUUGACGGAGAAGAUAGGCCGUACAGGAUGAGUAAUGGCCACAGUGAGGGUGUUGAUGGGAUUGUUGAUGUAGAUGAUGAUGAAGAGAGCGAUGCUGAUGAAGAAGAAACAGAGACAGCAAGACGGAGUGAUGGAGCCAGCCACCAGGCAAAUGGAUUCCACGUUGCAGCGGUGGACAGGGGUGAUGGGGAUGAGGAGUUGGAUGAGGAUGGAGAUUAUUCUGGGAAGGAGAUUGACGAGGAGGGGGAUGGGGAUGAUGAAGAUGUAGUUGAGGUUCAUGAGAUUGAUGACAGCGACGAUGAAGAUGGGGUUGAGGAUGAGGAUGAGGAGGACGACGAGGAUGAAGAGGAAGAAGUGGAUAAUGAGGAGGGUAAUUUCGGGGAACCAGGGAGUACACCGUGGUUGACUAGUAUGGAAGGUGAAAUUGAUGGCCAUGAGCAAGGGGACGAUGAUGUGUAUGAGGAUGAGAAUGGGGAGACUGGAGAGGAUGAGCAGGGGGUUGACAAUGAUGGGGGUUUUGAAGAUGAGGAAGAUGGUGAAGAGGAGGACGAAGACGGUGCCGGUUACCUGGUUCAACCUGUAGGACAAUCUGAAGUUCAUGAUGUUGGUGGUAGUGAUAUAGAACCGGGUAAUGAAGAAGAAGAUGUUGAAGAUGACGAUGAAGUGAUGGUCCUGCCCCCAUCUUCCUCACAUCUAAAGAGAAAGAGAGAUGACGACACUGAUGAAGAUGAUGAUGUUGAUGAUGGUGGAAAUCCAAAUUCUUCCAAGAAACAUGGUUGAAUCUUGAUCAGUUUAUCGGUGAUUUAGGCAAGCAGGAGAAUUUCUUCGAGCCUGGUAAAAAGAGAACAUGCUUUUAGGCAUGUUGGUUGGUAGUCUGCUAGUGAUUUUGGAUGAUCUUUUUGGAAAAGGUGUUGGUAAAGAAACUGUAUCUUUUUUUUUUAAGUUCAAAAUGUCGUUAGCCUUUCUGUUUUUUUUUUUUUGGUGCCCUGGCCUUUGCCGUUACUCUUUGUAAAAUUCAAAUGGCAGUUAUGAAGGGAUUUACCGCCAGUCUCCUGCUUUGGGGGUCUGUUUUCUAAAGAGAACCAAGUAGGAGGGAAAAAGAAACUCAAAA